GUACUUCUGUUAUCAUAGAGUAAAAUAUACCUAGGUUUCAUUGACAGCACUAGUUCAGAAGAAUAAUACAAUGACAUGUAUCAGUCAAGAUGGAAAAUUCAGUUUGGGAGAACAUACAUUGUCAGUGCCUAUGGAACUAUAUAAACUUAAUCGAGAAAGACUUUGUAAACGUCUGUCAGAAGUUGUGGAUAAGGAUGCUUAUGUACUAUUACAAGGUGGAUCAAAUGUAUCCCAUUAUUGUACUGAUGUGGAUUAUGUAUUUAGACAGGAACCCUAUUUUCAUUGGACUUUUGGGGUCAGCGAACCCGAUUGUUACGGCCUGAUACAAGUAUCCAGCGGCGAAGCGCAUUUGUUUUUCCCGAGAGUUGAAGAGGCGCACACAGUAUGGUUGGGCAAACCGUUGUGCUUAGAUGAAUACAAAUGUCGGUAUAAGGUCAACUAUGCAUCUUACGUGGACACGCUUGCUGAAACAUUGAAUGCAUUGAAACCUUCACUGAUAUUGACUUUGUAUGGAAAAAACACUGAUAGUGACUUGACAUGCAAAGAAGCACAUUUUGAAGGAAUAGACAGGUUCAUUUUGGACAACAAAAUAUUACAUAAAAUCAUUGCUGAUUGUCGUGUUAUCAAAACUGACUAUGAAAAAGAAGUUAUGAGGUAUGCGACGAAAGUUACUUGCAAUGCUCAUAAGUCUGUGAUGGCAAAGUGUAAGCCAAACAUGUAUGAAUACCAAUGUGAAGCAAACUUCCUGCAUUACGCAUAUUAUGUCGGUGGGUGCAGGCAUGUGGGCUAUAACAACAUAUGUUGUUCAGGCCAAAACGGCGCCAUUCUACACUACGGACACGCCACCGAACCCAAUUCUAAAGAGAUCCGUGAUGGUGACAUGUGUCUGUUCGACAUGGGAGCAACGUAUAGCGGUUAUACAGCAGAUGUGACAGUUUCGUUUCCAGCUAAUGGAAAGUUUACCGAUGAUCAACGCUCAAUUUACAACGCUGUGCUUGCGGCUAGCCGUGCUGUGAUGAACGCCAUAAAACCAGGUGUUUCCUGGGUGGACAUGCACAUAUUGGCUAAUAAAGUCACUCUAAGAGGACUGCGCGAAAUCGAUUUAGUUCGUGGCGACGUUGACGAAAUGUACGAAGCCGGUCUCGCUGCAAUAUUCCAACCACACGGGCUGGGGCAUCUACUGGGAAUCGAUGUGCACGAUGUUGGUGGUUACUUGGAAGGGCACCCAGACAGACCGUUAAAGCCAGGUGUCAAGGCCCUGAGAACGGCCAGAAAUUUGGAAGUGGGCAUGGCACUCACUGUUGAGCCGGGAUGUUAUUUUAUCGAACCGCUGUUGAAACGGGCUCUUAGUGAUCCAGCAUUGUCAAAGUUUUUGAACGAAAAAGUGCUGAAACGGUUUUGGAAAUUUGGCGGCGUGCGCAUUGAAGACAACAUUUUUGUCACUGAACGUGGAAUCGAAAACUACACUCCAGUCCCAAGGACUGUUGAAGAAAUCGAAGAGUGGAUGAGUAAAAAAGAAAUGGUCGCUUAGAUCUAUGUCGUCGAAAUGAUACGUUACACUGUUUAAUUUUAUUCAUUGUUUAACAAUUAUUAUUUAUUUUAAUCUAAUAACCAAAAGUAAUAUGUUAAAAAAAAAUUAUACUUAUUUUCAGAAUUAUUGCUCAAUAUAUUUAUGUUAUAUACAGUUUAUUAUAUUAUUAUGGAUGUAUAAUAUUGUAAAAAUUACAUUUUAAUUGCUGUGAUAAACUUAAUAAAUUACUUAAAUAUGGUA